AAGCCAGCAGAAGUGUCAAAUAACGCGUGUAAACAAUAUAAAGUACAGUAUAUUUUCGAACGAUAAAUCAAGUUUACUUGUUCGUUGAAUCAAUAACUAAAUAAUUGUGCUCUUAGUGGUGAUGUGAAGAUUUUAGGCUUCAGUUCUAGUUUAAGAUUAGUACUUAUAUAGCGUGCCAGUGGUAAGCAGGUUAGCUUCAAUUAUUGCCUGUCUGAACAAAAAGGAAUAUCUCGAGCUUGAAAAAAGAUAAAAUAAUCGAAUCAUCAAAAUGCACGCCAGAGAUGAGAAAAAUUUAGACACUACUCUAGGCUCCGUGCAGCUCAGAAUCAAUGAAUUGAAAGAAGCAAUUUCUUCGAUGAUUUUUAAAAUUGAACACGAUGGCGAUUCAUUGAAUUGGCCAGGAUUACUCGAUAACUUUGCUCUGUUAUCAGGUCACUUGACUAGUGUUUCAAAAUCUCUCUCUGCCGAAAAGGUGCCACUGUUAAGAAAUUUCAGUGUACUUCCACUACUGAUAACUCCAGUAAGAGAUGAACUACUCGUGCAAAUGACUGAAGGUAGAAUAAGUACUUUUGCACAUGAUUUAGUACCUGAUUACUUAAGAACAAAACCAGAUCCAUUGGUGGAGCAGAAGAUUGCUUCUUAUGAACCCAAAACUGGAAAUCUUACAUAUGACACACAACAGAAGCAAGUCGCUCAGUUUGGUAAAAUAAUCAAUCACAUCCAUGAAAUAGCUGAUAAGGCGAAACAAGAGUGGGAAAGUGAAACCAGCUCAAGAACAUCACAACCUGCAACCAGCAGUACAGUAGAUACGCAUGUACUUGUAUACGCUAUCGGAAGUGGAAAAGGAUUGAAAUCAGAAAAUGUGCCAAUGGUUCAACCUGUUUUAAAUCAAGCCAACAAUAAUUUAAUGGGAAUGGGUAGGUCGCCCGCUGGUCAGCCGUCUGGAUCUGUACCAGGACAAAUGGUUGGGCAAAUGAAUAAGGCAGUAAGCGCAAUAAAAACAAACAUUAAAGCUGCUUCAACAAUGGCUCCUUAUGAUAGAAGAUAAUAGGGAAACAUGUGUAAAUAAUUUUUAUUUUACUUUAAGUUACGAGUUCAAGUAUACAAACAUAGUAAAAUAUAUAAUCUUAUUAAAUUUUGUUAUAAUUUUUAUAAAUUCAUAAUAAUUACUUUUUUUCUAAAAAAAAUGUCUUUAUUCAAGGCAGAAGAAUGAUAAUUUGUAGUCAUUUGUUGUAAAAAAAAA